UGAACUUUGACUCCGACGUGGACUCGCUAUGGCUGACGAGGAGCUGAAGAGGAAGAGUGCCAUCGCGGAGCUGACUGACCGAGCUCUGCACCAGUAUGAAGACCUGCAGCAGAAGCACCACAGCGCCACCUUGGAGUGCCAGAGGCUCCAGGAGGAGAGGAACGAGGCCGUCAUGAGGCUCAACCAGUUCCAGCAAGUGUCUCAGCUGGUCAUCGAGGAGGUCGGUGAAAUCCAGAAGGACUUGGAGAUCGAGAGGACGUGUCGGGAGAGUGCAGAAGCUCUGGCCUCCAAGCUGAACCGUCAGAACCGGUCUCUGAAGAGGAAGAGCAUGAUGCUGCUGACGCAGCUCGGCCCCGCCGCCCUCUCUGAGCUCCACCUGGACGAUGAAGAGGAGGACGACGAAGAGCUGUGCUCCCCGCAGUGUCAGGGCCGACUGACAGAGCUACAGAAGGAGCUGCAGCUGGCACUGAAGGACAAGCACCGACUGUCACGUGACCUGGAGGCUCUGAGAGAAGAGCUGACGGAUGCCAGGGAAGAGCUUCUGAAGGAGAUACAGGAGAAGGAGCAUCUGGCAGCAGAAACCACUCAGCAAAAGAUGCUUUUGCAGAAAUACCACAGAGUGUCCCAAUUCGCUGUGUCUGAGUUCGAGUCCCUGCAGGACAGCCUGAAGCUGGAGAAGGACCUGAGGUCCGAGGCAGAGAAGUUUGCUCACACGGUGAGAGGAUUUCUUCAUGUCACGUCUCAAACAUCGGAGCCGCAGAGCAGCACUGAGUCGUCCUCACACACAGAACCAGAUUCAGAGAUCCAGAUUCAGGAGAGGCACUUGAGGAGCACUAACGUAAACCGCGCCUGUCUCCAGAUGAUGGUGGAGCACGAGACCUUGAAGCGGCAGAGUCAGCUCCUGAUCAACUCCUCCAGCGGCCCGGCUCUCCAGGAGGCUCUGGAUCAGGUGGCUCAGCUGACCCGGGACCUGGAGGCAGAGCGGCUGCAGCACCGAGCCCAGGUAAAGCAGCUGGAGGACAGGCUCCACAGCUCCGAGGCUCUCAAGGAUCUGGCAGCAUUGAGGCUUAAGCUUGAGCUGCUGGAGGAGGAGAAGAGGGAGAGCGACGACAAGAGCUCCAAGGCCCAGCAGGAGGUCAAGGACCUGCGGUGUACAGUUGAAGAACUCCAGAAGAGACUGUCAGCAGCUACCAACCCUCCUCCCCCUCCUCCUCCACCACCACCGCCACCCCCUCCGCCUCCUCCUGCUCCGUCCUCCAACCCUCUCAGCUCCCUCAUGUCGCUGAUCCGGAAGAAACGAGACGUCACUGGAGACAUUCCACUGGUGGAGCGGGAAUCGAGGAAGACUCCAGAUGCCGACGUCCGUCAGCAGGCUGUGGAUGAGAUGAUGCAGCGGAUCAAGAAAGGAGUUCAGUUGCGACCAGUCAGCCAGUCGCCCAGCAGGAGGAGACGGGUGGAACGACCCCCGUCCAAAUCUGCCAUCCAGGAUCUGAAGGGAAUUAUGGAGAGCUUCAACAGAACCCCCCCAAAACCCAGGAAGGUUUCUGAGACGACCAGCCGGGACGACGAGCUGCAGAAGAUCCUGCUGCGACGACGAGGCGCUCUGGAGGCUCCGCCCAAGUCCAGUUAAAGUGACUGGGCAUCCCAGGAUGAAAACCGACUGCUGUUUGUGGUGAUCAGUUAACUGGUAUAUCUCAGGGUGUUUUACUGUCCUGAAGGGUCAGCGACCCGAGGGAGAACCAGUCAACAGGUUUGACAACUAUCCACAAACUUGUGCUGAGUUUGUUGAGAUGUUCCCACAUGGUUUCCAUGGCAACCACGCCACGUGCUCCACUCCCACUGCUGAAUUCUGAUGCUUCACUCCAGCGUCCUGAUGUUUGUUUUCCUUACUAUGUAAUUCUCCGUCAAACAUUUUUAUCUCGUGUUACUCUGCUCAAAUGUGAUGAGUCGGCACCUAUGCUUAAUAAACGUUUGUCUUCAG